UUUGGGAAUACUUAAAGGUUAAUUAUCACACUUGAGGCACUAAAGCCAGUUUGAUGAAGAACUGACACGGCGAGCUUGGGAUUGUUGUCUUAGCCCACAAAAUUUUGUUAAGUUUUUCGAAAAUUGGAGUGAAUCAGAGCUUUGUAAAGAAGUAAUUUUGUAAAUUUUGAAGAAACCCUCAAUUCUACACUUGUGGAGUCACUCGAGCAGAGUCCAGAAGCCGAGAAAUUAUAUUUCGUACCGUCCAUUCUUAGAAUAAUAUUCUAAGCAUAAUGGAAGUACCAAAUUCAUCCCUAGCACAACAUAAAAGAUUUCAGAAUAGAAAUCGAGACAUUAUCAGCAGUUUGCCAGAUGCGGUUAUUUGUAACAUUUUGUCAUUUCUUCCAACGAAAUAUGUAGUUGGAACAAGCAUUUUGUCUAGAAGAUGGCGGUACACUUGGACCUCUGUUCCUGUAUUAGAUUUCGAUGAUACCUUAAUCUCUCAUCCAGAAACUGCUAAAAGAUCAAAAGAACAGUGCUUUAUGCAAUUUGUUAACAGAGUAUUGCUUCUUCAUUGUGAUAAAAUCAAAACCUUACGCUAUAAAGUAGUUAACAUUCCAGAUCGCCUCAUGGACCACCACACAAAUUUGUGGAUUUGCUCAGCAGUUAUGCGAAAUAUUGAGGAGCUUGAUCUGGAUUGUAAAUCAAUUGAGCUGCCUCAAAUCCUCUUUAAUUGCAAGACAAUAAAGAUCUUGAAGCUUCAUGACAAUAUUCAGUUUAAGAUUAUUGCAACUGUGAGCCUUCCGAGACUCAAGGUACUUCAUAUUAAAAGAGUUAGUGUUGCUAAUUUGGAGAAGAUUUUACUUGGCUGCCCAACUCUUGAAGAAUUAGUGGUUUGUAGAGAUGUUGUUGAUUAUCAUGCAACCACUUUGUAUGUGGUGUCAUCUUCACUGAAACGUCUAACAAUUUAUCAAAAGUAUAUGAUGAGAGGAUUGGAUCCUCGAAGUGUGGUUAUAAAUGCCCCCAAACUUGAGUUUUUCGAGCUAGAGGAUCAUGUUUCUAGAUAUUUUACUGUGAUGAAGGUGUCAUCCCCGCUUGAAGCAUCUAUUGAUGUUAGGAGUUCCUGUACAAAUUAUGCAUUACAGCUUCUUAGAAGAAUCACAAAUGUCAGUGUUUUACACUUAUCUGCAUAUACGCUCAGGGCUCUCUUUCGGGCAUCUGACGACAAAUAUCCGUGGUUGCGUUUCCUGACUCGAUUGAAGAUUGGAGCUAUAGGAUAUGGAUGGUUGAUGCUGCCUAAGAUACUGAAAUGGUCACCCAAUUUGGAGGCGUUCACCCUCUAUAAGGUAAAUGAUACAAUUCCUCAGGAGACUAUCUUUAAGGAGGAAUCAUCAGUGCCCGGUUGUUUUCUGUCGUCUCUUGAGAGUGUUGAACUUAAAAGAUUUGGAGGAAAUAAAGCGGAAAUGGAAGUCUUAAAAUAUUUCCUGAAAAAUGCAUCUGUCUUGAAGAUAUUGAAAAUUUCAAUUUCUGGUACUACCUUUCAGAGAGAGGCUGAAAUUCUCAGGAUGCUGAUUAUGUUUCCAAGGGCCUCAACUGCAUGCAAGAUUCUCUUAACACUGCAGCAAAUAUGCUUUGCGUUGAGCUUGAUCAUAAAUAUUGUAUUCCGUAUCCCAGCUCUUGACCAAAGACUCGUCGUCUUUAGUGUUUAUAAUACUAAUGUUCUUAAUCUAACGCACAUAAGAUCAUAUCUGGCUGUCCUAAUCUUGAAGAUAAUUGGUUUGAUUAAAAAAUAUCAGCAGAGCAACAAAGAAGAAGUAGAUUUAGGUUUCAAAUGCAGACUAUAUAUGGCAUGUUCCAUUGACAUAGACUUAUAUACGCAGUUCCGUAGAAUGGAUACUAGCACUAUACGUGGAGGAUCGAAACAAAAAGGCAAGAACGUAAUUAGUAAAUUGCCGAAUCACCUAAUAAGUCAUAUUCUAUCACUUCUACCGACAAAACAUGCAGUCGGUACUAGCAGGUUGUCCAAAAGAUGGAGAUAUAAGUGGGCUAAAGUUCCUGUUCUUGACUUUGAUGACACGAUAUUGUUCGAUUAUCUAAAAGGCGGUAAGUAUCGAAUUGGAGGUGUUAGCUUCAUAAAUUUUGUGGAUCGAGUGUUGGUUAGAACAUUCAAUACUCCGAUAUAUAAAUUUUGUCUCAAAUGCAGCAGGCGUAGAGUCUUCCACCUUACUGCAUGGGUUAAUACUGCAUUAAAACAUCAGCUUCGAGAGAUUGAUCUCAGAAUUGACGUUGCAAAAAAUUUCAGACUUCCUGCUGCAUUCUUUUCUUGUCAAACGCUAGAGGUAUUGAAGCUUGGUAAAAACUUUGAACUUCAUGUUCCUGAAUCAUUUUGUUUCCCACAUUUGAAAACCCUACAUUUGGAUUCAAUUGACUUCCUAGAAGAUUCUACAUUUCAUAAGUUCAUUUCCAGUUGUCCUCUGCUUGAAGACUUGGUUUUGCUAGAGUGCAAAGUAGAAUUUAUCAAAUUACUUAAAAUGUCUGCCCCUGCGCUGAAAUAUUUGUCAAUGGAUUUCUUCUCUUAUGAACAUUAUGAUGAUUAUGAAAGUAGCGAUUCUGAUGCUGACUAUUAUGCUGGAAAUGGUAACGAAGAAUGGCAGCGGAAAAUUGUUGUAGAUGCACCUAAACUAGAAGUCUUCAAGUACAAGGAUCAUGUAGAAGAGGGAUAUUCCUUCGGGAACCUUCAUGAUCUUGAUAGGGUAAAAAUUGAUGUGAAACUGAGUAAAGGAAAUAGAGAAGACAAUGAUGAUGGUAAAUCUGCAACUGAAUUACUCAGGUCGAUCUCUAGUGCUAAAUGUCUUAAGCUAUCUAGAGACUCUUUAGAGGUACUUUCUCUUGUGAAAAGUCAAGAUGUUCCUAUGUUUAAUAAUUUGGUUACAUUGAUUCUGCCUUGUACCGAACAUUGUGGAUUCCUGCUGCCGAAGUUGCUUGAGCAAUCACCUAACUUGGAGGCUCUUGUUUUCGGAAAGAAAAAAACAAUGUACUUGGAUAUAAUUUCUCAAAAGAAUUUCAAGUGGGAGCCUCCAUCCCAAGUUCCUGAGUGUGUGUCUCAUCAUCUUGAGACAGUUCAAAUGCUGGGGCUUGAUGGCCAUGAAGAAGUGCUGAAGUUUGCUAAAUACUUGCAAGAGAAUGGCAAAGUUACCAUCAAUUGGCUAUCGUCAAAAAAGUAGUAACAUAUCUUCCUUGCGAGGGUUUUUUUGGUUGAACCGAGUAGCGAGUAAUAUGUAGGUGUGAUGUUGAUUUCUUUAUAUAGUUUAAAAUCAAACCGAACUGAAAAGUUAUGAAGUUGGAUGCCCUAUGUCUGCUUGGAUGUGUGGCAAUCUAGAUUCCAACUCUUCUCCUUUGUUAUAUAUAUAGCAAAACUUAAGAGUCUCUUCCGCUUA